AUGUUUAUUAUAACGGUAAUUAAAUUAUUGCUAAUUGUGCUCAACAUAUUUCCGAGCCGCUUCACAAAUCGCCGUGUUAUGUUUCUCAUCUAUAUGACGAAUUUAGUAACGCAUGUUAUGAUGGACGAGCCUCGCUUCGCACAGCCCAUACCAAACGUCACCGUUGCCGUGGGCCGCGAUGCCAAUCUGCCGUGCGUCGUCGAGCACUUGGGCGGCUACAAGGUUGCCUGGAUACACAUCGAUCGGCAGAUGAUAUUGACCAUACAUCGACAUGUCAUCUCACGUAUACCGCGUUAUAGCAUCACUUACGACAAUGCCAACACUUGGCUCCUGCAUGUCAAUCAGGCUCAUCAGGACGACCGCGGCUAUUACAUGUGUCAGGUCAACACGAAUCCCAUGAUUAGUCAGGUCGGCUACCUGCAGGUGGUUGUUCCACCAAACAUACUGGACAUUGAGAGCACACCAUCAUCGGUGGCGGUGCGUGAAAACCAAAACAUCAACAUGACGUGUCGUGCCGAUGGCUUCCCUGCGCCCAAAAUCAUUUGGCGACGCGAGGACGGAGAGGAAAUUGCCGUUGAGAAAAAGAAGAAAGUGCUGGUCUACGAUGGCGAUAUCCUGCCGCUGACCAAAGUGAGCCGCAAUGAGAUGGGCGCCUAUCUGUGCAUAGCCACCAAUGGAGUACCUCCGUCGGUGUCGAAGCGCAUCAUUCUUGAUGUGGAGUUCUCACCGAUGAUUUGGGUGCCGAAUCAACUUGUUGGCGCUCCAGCGGGCACAGAUGUAACCAUCGAUUGCCACACCGAAGCACAUCCCAAAGCCAUCAUCUAUUGGGUGUACAAUGCCGUGAUGGUUUUGCCAAGCAAAAAAUACAAGACCGACUACACCGAGAACUCGUACCGCGCACACAUGAAACUGACGAUAAGAAACCUACAAUAUGGCGACUUUGGCAACUAUCGAUGCAUCUCAAAGAACUCACUUGGGGAAACGGAAGGCUCCAUACGUGUUUACGAAAUUCCAUUGCCAUCGACACCAUCCAAACAAGUAACACACACAACUGUGGAAUCUAGGGAGAACAACAUCAUUCCCUCUUCACGCAACGAUACAACGAAAUUGCCACAAACGGAUGCAUAUCCCAUGAAGAACGAUCUUUUCUCUGGCAGUGCCUCAUCGGCAUCAUCCUCAUCCGCCGCCUCAUCCUCAUCCAGCUCGAUGCAAACAUCUUCAUUGCCAGCGGCGACGGGAAACAGCUUGUCAGCGCUGGGCGGGAGCGGAGGCAAGGGAUCGUUAGCGAUAGGCAAGAGCAUGUUCUAUACGGAACGCCCACCGAACGAAUAUGGCAGCUCGCAUGCUGGCGCACUACAUAGGCCCCCAAUGGUCGGUCUCUUACUGAGCUGGCUGGGUACGGCAGCUUUUUUGUGUUUAAGGCUUUGA